CCCAGCGCCAUGGAAGAAUGCCAUUGGAUGUGAGGGUUGUCGAAGUUAUCACAUCUUUGACUGACCUCCUUUUUGACACAUCUUCGAAAAUGGUGGACUUUUAAAGAAGACGGUAUGACCCGUGCAAAAGGAAUGAGUAUAAAUACUUCAACACCUCGCGAUCCAAAAUGUCCAUUCAGAGCUGGUCAUCUGGUGUUUCAUCCCUUCCGUCACUUGCUGCACAAUGUCCAAUGUAAUGGCUAGUGAUUCUUGCUGCCGUGGUCGUCGAGGCAGACCCUACGGCAGUAAGGAUUCAUAUGCACCACGCAUCAAGAGAGGAUUAGCAUCUGGCGACUCUUUUUCAGUAUCCAAAAACAGAGCACCUCGGGCACCCGAGGCUCUAUCAGACGACCAGAUCAAACUGAAGCUAGACAAGAAACUCCCUCCUCCAGAUCCUCGCAUGUCCCUUGCAAGAGACGUCUUGAACAUCACCAAGCAGUGGCCAUGGGACUGGGCUGAAAACUUCGAGCCCGAGAAGUGGACCGUUGUCAUGAUGAGGGACCUGCGGGAUCUGAUCAAGGGGUUUCAGGGCAAGAAAAAUCUUUACGGUGAUGGGUGUCAUGAUCUCAAAGUCCUUCUCAUUCGCUCCGCGAGGGAGAGGGAUAAGCAUAAUCCAAAGCUGAACAGAGAUGAUUUGAGUAAUGCCUUCAAGUAUCAUGAUCUCGAGACCAAGGGAGAAAAGAAGCAGAAGCAAGUGUCUGUGCCCUGUGAGAAUACCACAGCGAUAGUCAUUGUGGUUGAGGAUACGCCGCCGCCAGAGACACCGCGCGUUGUCUCAUUGGCUUCUCCGGCGCCCUCUUCCCCAUCGGUUGUGUCCGAGUACGCGUCGGCGUCCUCUCCUGUUUCGAGGGCGUCGAGUGUCACGACGGCUACGCCGGAUUCUCCAGGGGCUACACGUGCGGAGUCAUCAUGUCCGACCGUCCACGAAGAUCAAAUGGACGAGACGAUGGACGAAGACUCUAUGCUUGUGGAAACAGUAUCAGAUUUCCCUGAAUACAGGAGCUCCAGCGCCGAUAGGGGAGAGGACUCCAAGUCGACUAAAUCAAACCCACCGCCGCAGCCCGAAAGCAUGGAUUCUGGACCCGAGGAGCAAUCUAGACCUGAGGAUCCCUCUGAAACUGCUGAGCGGCCUGAAACUCACAUCAGAGAGUCAGUAGAAUCAGAGAUGCAAAUUGAUACUGAAGUGCCUGUCCACGAAGCUGUUGCUGAAAACGCUACAGAAUCAAAUUUGAACUCGGUAAGUGUAAACGUCUUCGAAAACUUAAAGUCAACACGUGCUCACUCGUCGUCAUAGUCACAACCAACCUCUUCACUUCCUUCAACUCCUGAAGACAUCAUCAAAAGUCUAGAACUCCUAGAACUACAAGAAAGAUCAGAAGGAGAAAAACUCAUACCCUUUCUCACAACCACAAAAACCAAAGUGCAAGCCACAGAGUCCGCCAUGGCAGCUACCCAAGGCCCCAACAAAAAACU